UGCCGUCCGCUGCUGCUGCUUGCGGCGGCGGCGGCCGCGGUUUCCUCCGCCGAGCCGGCGUCCACGCUGUCCGGGCCGGCGCGCCCGGUGACGGUGCCGCUCGGGGACAGGGGCCACACGGUGGACCUGCCGGACACGGACCCGCGGGUGCGGCGCCGCGUCACGGGCUGGGCGCCCGAGCAGGUCGCCGUCGCGCUCUCCGCCGAGCCCACCUCCGCCUGGAUCUCCUGGAUUACAGGGGCCUUCCAGAUGGGCGGCGGCGGCGGCGUUAAGCCGCUGGACCCCAGCGCCGUCGGCAGCGUCGUGCGCUACGGUCUCGCCGCGGACUCCCUCCCCCACGAGGCCGCCGCCGGCGAGUCGCUCGUGUACAGCCAGCUCUACCCCUUCGAGGGCCUCCGGAACUACACCUCCGGCAUCAUCCACCACGUCCGCCUCCGGGGGCUGGAGCCCGGGACCAGGUACUACUACCAGUGCGGCGACCCGGCCAUCCCCGGCGCCAUGAGCGACGUCCGCGCGUUCCGGACGAUGCCGGCCGUCGGGCCCAGGAGCUACCCGGGGAGGAUCGCCGUGGUCGGGGACCUUGGCCUCACCUACAACACCACGUCCACGGUGGAGCACAUGGUGCGCAACCAGCCGGACCUGGUGCUCCUCCUCGGCGACGUCUGCUACGCCAACCUCUACCUCACCAACGGCACCGGAACGGACUGCUACUCGUGCACCUUCGCCAACUCCACGCCCAUCCACGAGACCUACCAGCCGCGCUGGGACUACUGGGGAAGGUACAUGGAGCCCGUGACGUCCAGCAUUCCGAUGAUGGUGGUGGAAGGGAACCACGAGAUCGAGGAGCAGAUCGGCAACAAGACGUUUGCGUCUUACAGCUCCAGGUUCGCGUUCCCGUCAGAGGAGAGCGGAUCCUUGUCCCCGUUCUACUACUCGUUCGACGCCGGUGGCAUCCACUUCGUGAUGCUCGCGGCGUACGUCGACUACAAGAAAUCAGGUGAGCAAUACCGGUGGCUGGAGAAAUACUUGGAGAAGGUGGACAGGUCAGUGACCCCGUGGCUGAUAGCCGGGUGGCACGCGCCCUGGUACACCACCUACGAGGCUCACUACAGGGAGGCCGAGUGCAUGAGGGUGGAGAUGGAGGAGCUCCUCUACUCGUACGCCGUCGACGUCGUCUUCACCGGCCACGUCCACGCGUACGAGCGAUCCAACCGGGUGUUCAACUACACGCUGGACCCGUGCGGCCCCGUGCACAUCUCCGUGGGCGACGGCGGCAACCGGGAGAAGAUGGCCACGAGCAGUGGCGGAGCUAGCUUGAGAUUUUAG